AUGACGGAUGGACUGGGAAAGUUAACUGCUCUCCAAACAUUGAUGAUGUACAGUAUAGGGAAGAAGAAGAAAAGUUAUUUUCCAAAGCAAAAGGAUGGGCUAGAUGGUCUGGAUGGUUUACAUGAAUUGAGAGGAGAACUACGUAUCAAGGGUUUAGAGCACUUGAGAUCUUCUCCGCCGAAAGCCAAGGCUGCACACUUGGAGAAAAAGCGACACCUUAAAAUCCUGAAAUUAGAGUGGGACCCAGAAGCUUCUGACUAUAAUGGUAAGGCAACUGCAAAUGAUGAACAGCUACUGGAACACCUUCAGCCACACCACAAUUUGAAACAAUUAAUUGUAAAUGGGUAUGCAGGUGUGCGGUUUCCUUUCUUGAUGUCAUUGCUCUCGAAUUUGGUUUCUAUUUUCAUAUACAGUUGUAAAUGGUGCCGCAACAUCCCACCAUUGAAACAAUUCCCUUCUCUCAAGAUUCUUAUUCUUUUGGACUUAAGCGUGCUGGAGUACAUAAGCAAUGAUGGUAGUGAUGUGUCCUCUUCUUCCCUCCAACGUAUCAGGCUUGAGAAAUUGCCUAAGUUGAGGGGAUGGUCGAGCCAUGCAGUAACAGUAAAUCAUGGCAUUCCAUUAGAUUUAUUUCCUUGCCUUUCUUCUUUAAGUAUCAUUGAUUGCCCCAUCAUGUCACCAACACCAGUCAGAGUACUCAAUAACAUUGCAAAUGAUGAUCAUGGGGAAUCAGAUUUGCACAAAGCUCUCAAUUAUCCACUAUUGUUUCCUAUCUUUCACUUCAAUAUAUAG